GCGAACCUGCAGCCGCCACACGUCGACGCAAGCAGCACAAUACCCUUUUUGCCUGAAUCGCUCCCACGCCAAAAGAAGAAGAAAAGCACGAAGAUAAACGGAAAUGCGAAGGCGCAGAAGUAAGAGUUGAAAUAGUUUCACAGAAAAUUUAUAUUCACCGCACCAAAAACGCAGCAUUCGCGCAGUCAUGUGGCUCCCACUCGAGAACAACCCGGAUGUGAUGAACAAAUACCUCGUCACUCUCGGCAUCCCAGAACCGAAGUUGCAAUUCGUGGAUGUCUUCGGAGUGACGCCCGACCUUCUUGCCAUGGUACCUGCGCCCGUCCACGCCGUGAUGCUAGUCUACCCGAUCUGCAAGGCGACGGAGAACCGAACACAGGAGUUGGAAGACGCGCAGAAGGACGAGAUCGACUCCUUCCUCGAGCGCCAGCACGUGUUCUUUACUCGGCAGCUCAUCGGCAACGCCUGUGGCACGAUUGCCAUCUUGCACGCCGUCAUGAACAAUUUGGCAGUUAUCGGGGACAUCACCCCAGACAGCCCGCUGUUCGCCUUGACGGAGGCGAAGGACCUCACAUCUGACUCCAUGGAGUUGGGGGUUAAGGUUGCCAGACAGGAAAAUCUUGAGCAGGCACACCAGUCUGCGGCGGUCGAAGGCGUGACACAGAAUCAGCCGGUCGAGGCGAACAUCAACCUCCACUUUGUGUGCUUCAUCUGUGCGGGCGGCCGGUGCCUUGAGCUGGAUGGCCGCAAGGAUCAUCCACUCUUGCACGGUGCAUGCAACGACAGCGCCUCCUUCCUUAAGGCGGCAGCGGUGGCGAUUCGGGAGAAGAUGAACUUGAACCCCGACUCGUACGAGUUUGCUAUCACCGCCUUAGUUGACAAACGGUAG